AUGACCGUGGCAGCAGAAUCGCAACCCACCCCUUCAAUAUCCAGCAUGACUGCCCACGUCGAGCAGAUCGUCAAUGCAUUGAGCCUCAGCCCAGACGAUGUCCGGCGCGUGACGAAGCAUCUCGUCCGACAGCUAAAAGAUGGCCUUGCAAACGACCGUCCCUGGCAACUCCCCACCUACGUCCAAAACGUACCAACGGGAGCUGAAAAGGGCAAGUUCCUCGCUAUCGAUCUCGGCGGCAGUAACUGUAGAGUAUGCAUGGCCGACUUGCACGGGGAUUCGACCUUUACAGUGGUUCAGAGCAAGCACAGGGUUCCUGCUCAUGCCAUGGUCAAUCAGAGUUAUCGUCCGCUAUUCGACUUUAUCGCACAGAAGCUGGCAGAUUUUAUCGAUCGGUAUCUGGAUCGGGAAAGCACCGUGCCCUAUAAACUGGGGUUCACUUUCAGUUUUACCUGUGAGCAAGAAUCGCUUCGGAGCAGUCGUCUGAUUCACUGGGACAAGGGCUGGGAUAUCCCCGAGGCAAUCGGGCGUGAUCCAUGUGUCUUAUUGCAAGAAGCCAUUGAUGGAAUGGGACUUCCAGUGGUGGUCACCGUGUUGGCAAACGAUAGUGUAGGGACAUUGUUGACGCGAGCGUACACGUCUGGUCGGGAUGUCUCGACGCUGGGCGCGGUCAUUUUUGGAACCGGCACAAACGCAGCGUACGUGGAGAGUGUGCGCAACUUGACCAGAAUCCAGGUUGGGACCAAGCGAGCUGAGCAGAAUGAGGGUCAAGAUGAAGGUGGAAUCAUGGUUAUCAACAGUGAAUGGGGUGCUCUGGACGAUGAAAUGGCCGUGCUGCCUCGAACCGAGCUCGAUGAUCAGCUUGACGCUGCCUCGGUGGAUCCAGGCUCACAAAUGUUGGAGAAGCGAGUCUCAGGACUCUAUCUUGGCGAGCUCCUACGACUGGCCAUUUUGCAGCUUCUUUCAAGUGGGGGCUUGAACAUUGAGGUUGACUCGACAUCCUGUCUCUUUGCGCAGUAUGGAGUCGACAGCUCCCUUGUGUCGCAACUUGCGAUUGCGGGCAACAACGUCAGUGACGCGAUCGAUCACCUGCAGAACACACUGUCUGCCAAAAACAUCAGCAUAUCCGAUGCAAAGUCCAUCCAAUUAAUCGCCGAGGCUAUUGCCAGACGAGCAGCUCGCUUGUCAGGAGCAUCACUGGCUGCCGUCGUCAUUCAGAGCGGCCGACUGGGAACCUCGCUCAACCGUGCAAAUGUCACGACAUCGACACAAAGAUCACCCAUCCUUCCAUUGAGCUUUAGGUCCUUUUACAACUAUGCACCACUGCUAUUGCGCCACGUGGUUCAUCUCAUUCGGCUCAUUUGCCAAAGGCCGUCGUGGCUGGUGCCCAAGCAAAGUCCCCAUCUCUCGGGGACGGUGGGUGCGACAACACUGGACGAGGUGAUUGAUUUUGGAGCGGAUGGCUCCUUGAUCGAAUUCUACCCGGGAUUCGAGACUGAAAUGCGUCAAGCAAUGAGGGAAGUGGAUGAGAUUGGGCGUGCUGGGGAGCAGCGUAUUCGAAUCACGCUCACGCCGGACGGAUCUGGUGUCGGAGCUGCUUUGAUGGCAUAUGCGGCCAGUUUGGAAUCAAAUUAG